GGUAUUUUGGGAGGAACUGAGGAAGAGACUAGAGAGUACGGAGUAGAUCUUUUCUCUAUUCUGGCUGCCUGUGGCUGUGGGUUCCAAUGUCGACUCCUGAUCAUCCGUUGCAGCUUGUCUUCCACGCACUCGACAAGCUAUCAAAUAGAAUCCAAUCGCAGCUCCACCAACUUCUUCGUUUUCCAGACACUCCCCACUCGCCCUUUCCUCUUUCUGCUGCUGCAAAAUCAAACCAAUCGGUUCCAGGACGGGCCGCCUCUGGUCUUCUCCGACCCACUGGAGUUCCCAAGAAGGAAACGUUUGCUGGCCCAGUGAUUAAAGAAGAACUUGGACGGGCUACUUGGACCUUUCUUCACACUCUUGCAGCUCAGUACCCCGAGAAGCCAACCAGACAACAAAAGAAGGAUGUUAAAGAGUUGAUGGCUAUCUUAUCCCGCAUGUACCCUUGCAAGGAGUGUGCUGAUCAUUUUAAAGAAGUUUUGCGAUCAAACCCCGUGCAAGCAGGAUCCCAAGACGAGUUUUCACAAUGGAUGUGCCAUGUGCACAAUGUUGUUAAUAGAAGUUUUGCCAAACCUAUUUUCCCUUGCGAACGAGUUGAUGCACGAUGGGGCAAGCUUGAUUGCGAGCAGCAUGCCUGUGACUUGCAAGGAAGCGACAAGUUCUUGUAACGAAACAUAUUGUAGUUUCAUCUGGGAAUUAUUUUUUUAAUCUCAUGCACUUUGACUCUAUGUGAGUAUGUGUAUGUGUGUAAACAUGGCAACAAUUUUAUCUAUGGCCUUUCAGUUAUUCAUCCAUACCCAUACGGAAUUCCUAGCAUUCUUUGAAGAGUGUUUUUAAAAAAAAAAGAUUUUCAACAAAUCCAAAAAAAAACAGCAACCUAUGGA